ACUGUUCCUUCCUCCAGUAUCAGCAACAAGGCACCUUAUCCCCAAUAAGGUGCCUACGUGUCGAUGUCACACAACCAUCAGGAAAUUUGUCAUUUCUGCUCUUCAUAUGCCUUAAGUUCAAGGGUCGUUAGGCACCUAAACACACCCAUCAAGACAGCGAAUUAUGGGUUCAGUUGAGCAAAAAAUUAACCAAACCUCGUUUCGUACGCCAGCCUACCUUGCCCACCAUGAUGGCAGCUAAUCAAGAUCGACCACAUGUACCUUAAGUACCAAAGGGAUAGACACAGAAACCCGAAUACAGAACCUCAAGCUCAGCACAUAUCCGACGACUAUAUCAACAUUAUAGUUCAAAGUUUCUGGAGUGAAGUACCUACUAGGCAGACAUCAUUUUGAAACUACGACCACAGCCACAUGACUGUCUAGGUUAAAAGUAUCAGAGACCAUGGGUCGCCUCCGGAGAUUCGCAAAAUCGUUGAGAUAUAAGCUCUCUCAAAGGUUCAAUGACACGCAGUCUUCCUUAGGCGCAACAAGUUGCCCAAGUGCUCAGAGUGUCCAAAGUACACAGAGCACAGAAACGACGGAAGUUGCAGCGUCAGAUGACUUUGUUGAUUAUGCCUUGCUUCCGGAACCACCUUCGCAGUUCAUUUCGUACCUUGAUCGGUAUCAAGGAGAUCCAACGCGCGUUCUCCUACAGCCAUAUAUAGGUUACGAAAAGUGGCUGCGCCAUGAAUUUACCAAUCCAAACCCAGAAAUCGAUUGCCAUGCCAACCUCGUUCCAAUCUUUAACGGACAAGAAAACUUGCUCAAGAUUCGCGCAAUAGAUUACGAGUCAGCCGAUAAAAGCCGGUACCUGAUGCCACUGCAAGACCACCAGCGAGAAGAGGAUAGAAGCCUUGCGAUCGUUACAUCGUUAGAGAAAUAUCAAUGCAACUUUGAUGGGUUCACCCGGGGUAUAUUGGCUGGUUUAGAUUGGUCCAAUAUUGUCGUAGCUGGAUCCUCUGCGCUCCUCCCCCUGUUAUCUCGUCGCAAAGACGUAGAUAUAAAGGGUAACCACGCAGUAGAAAAGCCGGCUGAAACCUACUAUCAAAUAACUGCGAGCACGAGCGACGUCGACAUAUUCUUUUAUGGCAUUGACGAUGAAGACGCAGCUGUCAGACGUAUUAUCGAGGUCGAAAACGUAAUUCGGAAGAAUCAGAAGCUAUCACCCAAUAAAGGUCUAACACUUCGAUCGGAGAAUGCGAUCACGUUCAUUGCGCCGAAGUGGCCAUUUCGUCACGUUCAGAUCAUCCUUAGACUUUAUAAAUCGAUUAGUGAAAUAUUGACAGGCUUUGAUGUGGAUUGCUCAUGUGUUGCAUUUGAUGGAAAACAGGUGUAUACCAACCCGCGGGGGGUCGCAGCGAUUGCUACACGCACCAACACUAUCGACUUAACUCGCCGGAGCCCGUCUUACGAGAAUCGCUUAUGGAAAUACCGCCAGCACAAUUUCGAGGUGUAUUGGGAUGCGCUAGAUCGAAAAAGACUGAAGGAUAUAGACCUAGAAGAAUACGACAUGGCUCAUCGAAACCUUACCGGACUUGCCAGAUUAAUAUUUUCCGAGGAGGUGCUCAAGAAGGAGCCCGGGCCUACAUGGAAAAAGAACCGAAAUCUCAGGAAACUUGACGAUAGUACAGGCCCGAACAUGGUAGUAGAGUCAUUAAGCGGUUAUACCAACCAUAUACUCCCAUAUGGAAUGCAAUUGACGGCUAGUAACGUCCGGUACACUGUUAUUAACCAGGCAGAAACGCCGUACAUGUUUGGCACGAUCCGAGAAGUUACCGACCCGACGAAUAGAAAGUGCAAAUGGAAAUUGAAGAACAAUCGCAGGAUAGAGCUGACGAAGAAAGUUACUUUCAUCAAGCUUAAUCCUGGCCGACAGAUGAUUGGGAGUUUUCACCCGCUGACUGCUGAUGACUGGACUAAAAUGGCAUAUGAAUAGGGGUACAGUUACCUGUAUUUUAUUUGGGGGUAGACUAUUGUAUCUUACAGUAACCUUAGCAUCAUCAUCUAUCAUCGUACUUGUCCUAUGACUACUCUCGUUAUAUUAACACUUAGCUCAUCAUUGAGGAUGCCAGUGAAGACGGGAAAGGCGUUUGCACUUUAGAAUCUGAUUCUCGGCGAGCUUUUCCGUGCGAAUACGACAUAUCGCCUUGCAGACGCGUAUCGUCC